AUGACGACUCAACGACAAAGCAGCCUUUUGAAGUUUUUCGCGGCGCCGGGACAAAAAUUGGCUGAGGAAAACGCGGUCGAGACUAGACCCCACGCGGUCAACCCACCAACUCCAAAAGCAAGAUCAAAAAAGCUGGAGAUUUUGAUCUCUAAAGACGCAUUUUCGUUGAAAAGAGAGCAGCGAAAGGUUGACGAGACGAAAGAA